CACCGUACCACUGAGAUGGAGAAAUCAAAGGCAAGGUCUGGCGGCGGCAGCGGCGGAGGAGGUGCUGUCAACGGUGGUGGUGGUGAUCAGAAUUUGAACGGUGUAUUCAACCAAGAUAGAGGUGUAAACACUGUUGUAUCAAUCCCUAACGGUAAUUACAAGGUUCAGGUGGGUCAGAUUCGAAAUGGGUUUGAUGGAAACGGUAUCCAGGGUCAACAGAUGGUGGUCAAUACUGAUGGGUAUGUUGGGAUUAAUGCGGUAAGGAAUGGGGAGAACUGUGGUGAGAAUUAUAAGAGGGAGACGAAGGAUUUGGAGGAGCUUUUGUCAAAGUUGAACCCCAUGGCUGAGGAGUUUGUGCCGCCGUCGCUCGCCAACAGUCACGGUUACUUGGCUGGUCCUGGUGGUGCUACUAGUUUUGGAUUCGCCAACAAUUUUGCGAUGUUAAUGGAGGUGGUGCAAUUUUGCGAAAAGUACAAUCUGAUUCAGUUUUAG